GCCGAGGUGCCGCUUCCGGGAAGUUGUGCGCCGACCUGACCAUAGAGAAGCCAGAGGCGACUGCGACUUCCGGUCGCUCUGGGCGCUCCGCCUGUGAAGACGCAGUAGUGAGCCCUUAGUUGCCGGACAAAGAGUGACGCCCAGAGCUGGUCAUGGCGGCGACAGAAGCGAGCUUGUCGACCACCGGGAGCUCUGCGGCUGUACCGCCGGAGCAGCAGGACAGAGCCGGCGCGAAGUCAGAUCUUGAAGCUAACUGUGCAGAUCCCUCGACCCCAGAAGCCUCCCCGCCUGCCCCCGAGUCCUGCAACCCCAACGCCGAGAUCCCCGAAGUGAAGAUUACGCCCUCCGCCGCGGCUUCCGCGGUGCUGGAGCUGCCCCUCAGGCCCGCACCCCUGGGUUCUGCGCCGCAGGCCUCAGCCGCCUCGCGCUCCCCGGCGGGCCCCAGCGGCUCGCGGCCAGGCCCCGAGACGUUCCGCCAGCGAUUCCGACAGUUCCGCUACCAGGACGCGGCCGGACCCCGAGAAGCGUUCCGGCAGCUGCGGGAGCUCUCUCGCCAGUGGCUGCGGCCAGACAUCCGCACCAAGGAGCAGAUGGUGGAGAUGCUGGUACAGGAGCAGCUGCUGGCCAUCCUGCCCGAAGAAACGCGGGCCCGGCGGCUCCAGCGCCGCGCAGACGUGCGCAUCACCGGCUGAGCUGAACUCAACGCUCUUUGGACUGGGGCCAUGAUGGGUUGGGGCCAGAGGCUGGCACACCACCCCGUGUUAAUGAAAGAGUUUUGACAGCCGCUGUGGUCUAAUGUGUAUUUUUCCUUUCUCCUUUCUUGGAUUUAUGUUGUUGAGCCUAUUUCCCAUCCCUGUUCUGCCUGGUCGGGGCCUUGCUAGACUGUUGUGAUAUUAAAUGUUGGCUAGAUCUGGGCCAUCCCGUUGCCAUACCUGUGAAGGUUUUCUCUGGGGCUCCCAAAGACCCACUUCGAUUUUCUUUGAUUAGUGGAAAGCUGUGUUCUGAAGAUUACAGUCCAGUGAGUUUCUCUGCCUUUUACUAGCUACAUUUUGAAGUUGUCAUCUAUUCAGGUAGGAAAACAGCAAUACGAAGUAGUUGUGGGAUCCUGCAAGCAAACUAUCUGGGUUUCUUAAAGUGUUAACCUGUCAAGUUGUUUCAUCUGCCCCUUGCGUGCACGCUUUCAAAGACCCAAAUUAUGUGGCCAUUCUGAUGCUUUACGGCUCGCUCUUACAGGUAUUGUUUGUGGGCUCUAAUAUAUGGCUGUAGACUUCCACCUCCUUCCUUGCCAAAGUUUAGACUUUGGGUAGGGAUUAAAUAAAUGAUGUGAAUUAACAAGUAAUGUAAAUUUUUGAAAGUACUGAUUUUU